UGUUUUUUUUUUUUUUUUUUUUUUUUUUGGGGUCAUUUUCCUGUGCUUUUCCGAUCUACCACACCAAAAACCACAUCUUCCGUUACCAUCUCUUUCUCUUGCUCUGCAACUCUCUUUGCGAUCUUCUUCAUCAUCAGAAAAAAGCAAAACAAAGAAAAAUAUUUUAAGAUCCCAAACAAGGUCGUAGGCAUUUCUUUGGUAAAUUUACUUGCUGUUUUUUUUUUUUUUUUUUUUUUUUUUUUUUUGGUUUUUACACGUUGAAGGAGUACUGGGUACUCUGUAUUUUUCUGGGUAAUUUUGAAGAAGAAGAAGAAGUAGAAGAAGAAGAAAAAGAAGAAGGGAACAGGAAUUUGGGUUAUGGUAUUUUUGAGGUUAUUUUCUUGCAUGGAUCAUCAUGUGGAAUGGGAACCUCUUUUUUUGUGACUUUUUCUGAGGAUUUGGCAAGGUUUCAGCCAUGGCGGAUGGAGGGGUUGGUGCAGAAAGCUGGACCGACUCUUAUAAAGGAAUGUCCUCUGAUAACAUCAAGGGAUUGAUUUUGGCUUUGUCUUCAAGUUUCUUUAUUGGGGCCAGUUUUAUUGUUAAAAAGAAGGGUUUAAAAAAAGCUGGGGCUUCUGGGGUCAGGGCAGGCGUUGGAGGUUAUUCUUAUCUGUUUGAGCCACUUUGGUGGGUUGGCAUGAUAACAAUGAUUGUAGGGGAAAUUGCAAACUUUGCAGCUUAUGCGUUUGCGCCGGCUAUACUAGUCACUCCUCUUGGCGCAUUGAGUAUAAUUAUCAGUGCUGCACUCGCCCAUAUUAUAUUAAAUGAGAAGCUACAUGUUUUUGGGGUUCUUGGUUGUGUUUUAUGUGUUGUGGGUUCAACAUCAAUUGUUCUACAUGCUCCUCAAGAGCGUGAAAUUGAGUCCGUGAAGGAAGUAUGGGACCUGGCAACAGAACCAGCUUUUCUUUUGUAUGCGGCAUUUGUGAUAGCAGCAGUUAUAAUAGUCAUAAUCCAUUUUAUACCACAGUACGGGCAGACACAUGUUAUGGUCUACAUUGGGGUUUGUUCACUAGUUGGUUCUCUGUCGGUCAUGAGUGUUAAAGCACUUGGAAUUGCUCUAAAGCUAACAUUCUCGGGAAUGAAUCAGUUAGUUUAUCCCCAGACAUGGGUGUUCACCAUGGUUGUGCUUGCCUGUGUGAUCACUCAAAUGAAUUACUUGAACAAGGCUCUUGAUACAUUCAAUACGGCUGUUGUAUCACCCAUAUACUAUGUGAUGUUUACAUCUUUCACCAUUUUGGCUAGUGUAAUCAUGUUCAAGGACUGGGAUCGACAAAAUGCCACUCAAAUUAUGACGGAGAUGUGUGGGUUUGUGACAAUUCUUUCUGGAACGUUUCUUCUACACAAAACUAAAGACAUGGCUGAAGUUUCAUCACCAUCAUCACAUUCAUUCCGUGGCUCAAAGCACACAAUAGAGGAUGGAUUUGGCAUUGAAGCUAUGCCUCUUCGGGGACAAGAAUCCUCGAAAGCAUCCGAAUAAAUCCGAUUGAUUUAUGGUCUUAUAAUGUUUGUUCAAGAAUAUUGAAAGUGUUGGGGGAUGAGAGUGUCGCAGCCAUCGGGCUUAUUCAACAACUUUAUCAGCACGCCCUGCACGUUUUCAAGUGGAAAAGAAAAUGAAAGAAUCUUUGACUGGGGCUGAUACCCAUUGCCAUUGCUAUCAAAAUUGAGGUCGCUAUAAUAUACACCCUUCAACGUCCUCCCCUCGGUCCUUGUGAAGGAGCUAAUUGGGAAAAUUGUAACUUUUGAGCACAUUCAUUUACUCUUUAUGUUUCAAGUUUAGGAAAGAAGGAUGCAUUACUUGGGGCAUGUUUGGGUUUUGCUAUGAAAUUUAGAAAAAAGAAAAUUGGCAUAAAGUAUCAUUCAGGAUUAUA